AUGCCGAACGCGGAGGCGGCCGAGCUCAUGAAGCUCGUCGCCUCCACGAACAGCAGCGUCAAGCUCGACCUGUCGGCCUUCUCGACCGCGGGGGAGUACGUCGAGGCAAGCCCAGUGCUGGGCCGCGACGGGUUCUCUGGCAGGUCAAGCAACCCCUUCAACGAGGACGCACAGCCAGGGUUAGCACAGAACGGUAGAGGCAGGCCGGACAAGAUGCAGCGAUGGCCGUCGUCGGGACACCAGCCCGCCAAGAUGGUCGUGGUUGACAUCAGCAGCGCCGAGAACACCCCGGUGACGACCCCCGUCCACACCCCCGGCGGGAUGGGCGGCGGGGGGAUGGGCCGCGGUAGCGCGUUGCCCGUAUCGCCCCCUCGGCCGCCCUCGAGAGUCGACACAAGCCGAAGCAGCAGUGCUGCUGCUGCUGCUGCUGGUGCGCCGAGCCUGAACCCGUUUGUCGAGGAACGGCGGAGCCCGUCCGCGAGCCCGACCAACCCUUUCGUCACGGCCUCUUCGUCGUUGAAUCCCUUCGCCGGCGGCGACGACGGCGAACGGCAAGCAGCGGAGUCGGAGAAGAAAGGAGGAGGAGGGGGAGGAGGAGGAUGGAGAACGGGGGGGGAAGAGGAGGCGCCUCCUGUCGUGGAAGAGAAGGCCGGAGCGGCGACGGCGGCGUCACCGCCGCCGCCACCGCCGCCGUCCGGGGAAAGCAACAACCCGAAGAAGCCACCGCCGCUGCCCCCGAGAAGGCCGGCGAGCCACACGCCGACGGACCAACACCCGCCGCAGCCUUCGGCAGCUACGGCAGGGGAAGGGUCGGGGGGACACUCCGGCCCGGCGUCCCCCAGGUCGACGGUGUCGAGCGCGACGUGCGACAGCAGCGGCGGCGGCGGCCACGGCGACGGUUCAGAGGCGGGACCAGGCGUUGGGUCGGCCGAUCCCUCGACCGGGGACGAUGGAAUCGCCGGCGCGAAAUACCUGGUGGUGAACAAGGACACUGGGAAAAACUUCGACGUCCGCGAGAUGGAACAGCACUUGCCUACCAACAACUACACCCUCCUCCCCUCCCGCAAAGACCUGAUCGAGCGAGAGAGGCGCCGAUCGUCAGACAACCCCGUCCCCGUAACCCCAACGCCGCCGGCCACCGACUCCUCCACCGAGCCUUCGUUGUCGCUGGCGGCGGCGGCGGGACCGGCGGCGGGGGCGGCAAAACCAAACUCGCCGUCCCCGCGAUCUUCCUUGUCCGCCAGCGUGGCCGCGUCCAUGUCCGCGGCGGUCGGCUCGACGACCAGCAGGAAGGAGAAGGCUAAGAGCCUGGGCAGCAUGAUGCGAAGAAAGCUGGGCAAGGUGAAGACGGCCUCGGGAGCUUCGUCCCCUUCCCGUCCCUCUUCGUCUUCUUUCGGCGGCGGCGGCGGCGGCGGUGUGGGUGACGCGUUGGUAGACGUUGAGGGCAGUGGCGGAGCAGGAGGGGCAGGGGAAAGGAGUUCGGUCGGGAGCGGCAUGGGGGCCGCGGCGAAGGCGGCGCGCGGCGCCCUCGCCGGCAUCCGGGUGUCGUUCAAGGGGAAAGAGGCGUCCGAGACCCUCACGGGCCUGAUGCUCUUCCAGGAGCUCCGGUGUCACGACGGGCCGAUCUGGACGGCCGCGUUCAACCAGAGCGGAGAGUUCCUCGCCACCGCCGGGCAGGACGCGCGGAUACUCUUGCACAGGGUCGGGGACACCAGGGACGACCUCCGGGGCGAGAAGGCCGGCGACGGCGAUAGCGGCGGCGACGGGGGCAGCAAGGCUGCGGCGCCUGAUUCGGCUUCGACCGGUGCGGAGGGCUCAGGGCGGCCGCGGUCUGAGAAGGGGAGGCCAGAGCCUGGAACUCGAGGAGUCGAGUCAGUAGACUGCGGUAACGGUGGCGAUGGAACUGUUUCAGAGGACGCCACCACAAAGGGCAGUGGUCGACCGCCCUUGAGCGGAAGUGUUGGUGGGAGCGGGGGUGGCGGGGGGCGAGGGUCCGACGGCAGGGCGUUGUCGACCGUGAUGAUAGACCCGGAGCCGUGGCAGAUCUGGGAGGCGCACAAGGGGGACGUGGUGGCCAUCUCGUGGUCGAGGAACGACUUCCUGCUGUCGGCCUCUCUCGACAAGACGGUGCGGCUGUGGCACACCACCCAGGCCAGCUGCCUGCACUGCUUCCAGCACGCCGACACGGUUACCUCGGUCGACUUCCACCCGCUCCUGGAGCACUUCUUCCUGUCGGGCUGCUUCGACAAGAAGAUCAGGGUGUGGAACAUCCGGGACGGCCGGGUCCAGGAGUGGCAGCAGGCGCCGGACAUGGUGACCGCGGCCAAGUUCAGCCUGGACGGCCAGAUGAUCGUGGCCGGGCUCUACAUGGGACAGGUUCUCUUCUACCAGACCGAGGGCAUGCGCUACUUCACGCAGAUCGAGUGCCGAAAUCGCAGGGGCACGAAGAAGCGCGGCUGCAAGGUAAGCGGCUUCGCAUUCAGGAGGACGGCCUUCGGAGGAGGCGACGAAGCCGGCGGCGGCAAGAAGGACGCCGGGGUAGACGGCAGCGGAGCCGGCGGCGUCGGCGGCAGCAACCGAUCCGCCGGCUCCUCGCCUACGACGGGCCGCCGCAGCGAGCCGGUGACGCCAUCGCCGGCUUUCGGGGGUCCCGUCGGGCGCGGCGGCGAGGGCGGCGCAGCAGGGGGUGUGGGUGGCGUCAUCGCGGGGGGCGCGGGGUCUCACGUCCCGGAGCAGCUCCUGGUGACGACGAACGACUCCCGGCUGCGGCUGUACAACACGGACGACUUCGGGAUGAACGCCAAGUACAAGGGCUUCGCGAACGACACCCUGCAGAUCACGGCCACGUUCAGCGAGGACGGCAAGCAGAUCAUCAGCGGCUCGGAGAAUGGCAAGGUGUACGUGUGGAGCACUGGCGUCGUUGCAGGAACGUCCCCGUCCACGCUCCCAGGAGUCGGCGGCGGCGGCGGCGGCGGCCGCAUCCCGGGGGUGGGUGCGUCGGCCGCCGCUGCGACCUCCCCCUCGCCGGCGGUGGCGCCGACCCAAAAGGACACCAACACCCGCCACGAGUCCUUCCACGCGACAUCAGAGGCCCCCAAGAUCGUGACGACGGCCUGCUUCGUGCCGGAGUCGACGUCGCGGGCGUGCGUGCGGGCGGUGAGGGGCGGGCUCUCCGGGCCGGUGGAGGAGAGCGGGGGCUACGGCGGUUGCAUGAUCCUGGCGACCGACUACAACGGCUGCGUCCGCGUGUACUGCAAGUCGGCAGUGCUGCUGAGCUAGGUUUCGUAUGUUAGUGGUGCGGUGCAUGGCAAGCAGGCAGGCAGCUGGGAUGGUUUGUGUCGUCUGGUGUCGAUCUUCAUCGCCGCGAAUGGUGUGGUUUGUGUGACGCGUGAACAAAUUUCAGGAGUGGCACGAACGGUACCCCGUUGAUGGUGUGCUCUUUUAGCCCCGAUUCGUCGGGGUUGUUUUUCGGUAGUAGGUGUGUAUUGUUGUUGUCUGCAGUAGUUGGUUUGUUCUUUCUUGUCCAAAUUUUGGAUUCCGAUUCGUGCUUCGCGAUGCGGCAGCUCUCCGUCGCAUGCGCCGUGUAUCCGGGAUGUCUGUAGGGCUGUAAUUUUCUUGCCGUACAUGUUGGGUGGACUAAGCGUUUGGCGGUUUUCAAUAUUUUUCCGUGUCUUUGGGACUCGCGCAUAUGUGUAUAUACGCUGGAUACCUUGGCAGGCUACUCGUGUGUUAGGGAUUUGUGGCGGCUGCCACCCCGUCUCUUGUUGACGGCUGGCUACGUUUUUGAGUUGGCUGGAAUGCUCCGAAUGGUGUCAGAACGAGCUAAUUUUUGCCCUUGGUCGCAUCCCAUCCGCAGGCAGGCCGUGUGCAAAAAAAAUGACUGAAGUGACUGAUGAUGGAGAGUUUUGCCGCCGCUCGGUGGCGUAGAUUGGGAGGCCCUAGGUUGUGAUGGACAGAUGUUGUGGUGUAUGUUGUCCUCUCUGUGUGUUACGGGGGGUUGUUCCAUUCGGUGUCGUCUGUGUUGUUCACGCCGCCGCCAUAUGCGUCGUGUGUGUCGGCUGUCGAAUUGUCUUGUCCGGCUACAGUAGGUUGCUGUUGUGCGUCCCGGCUCUUUGCAGAACGUGUAAAGAAAAGGUGGUUUUAGAACGGUCUCCUCGCAAAAGAAACGCGUGAGAUGUAAAAUGUACCGGUAGUGUAUUAAAAAUCACUCAAGACGAGAUGGAAAACUGUAUCGACACGGAUGGGUGCGGAAAAUGCUAUUAUACCUCACCUGUCUCUUUUUCCUACCGGUGGCGGCGCCUAGUCUCACCAUCCUUCCUGUGUCACGUUGCAGGCCACGUGCUCUCGUACGGUGGAGCAGGGAUUCUUCCCUGAGCCGCCGUACUAGACAAUCGAUGCCUGCCUGCUACAUGCACGUGCGCGUGUAUUUUUUUAUGGUACACACACGUCGUUUAAUUGUCGAAAUACCAUUUAGAUUGCUGUUGGUGAAACCGAGUGCCAGUAAAAGCCGCACCAGCAUUGAGUGACGCCAGACCGCGUGCACCUUCUUUCCCCUCUGUCUGUCUGCUCUUGUCGUCAACCGACGAAUAUGGGCUGCCACCAUGUAUCAAUUUCCCCCACGCCAAACACGCAAAAUGUGGCGCAUGGCUACCACCCCUCCUUAUGUGUGUCCCGUCCCCCGCCACCGCCGGCCGGGAGCAACUUCCACCGCCGGUAUUCUCCCCCUACAAGCAGGGAACCCUGGUGGGCCACCGUCCGUGCGGUGGUAGGAUUUGAAAGAGGAGGAAAAUCCAGUGAGAUUUUUGCACACAGCUACAUAUUGUCGGCGUCAUUGCCACACCAAUGAUUUGGAGGUGGUACUACACAAGUCUUGGGUCUUCCCCCGCCCUCUCCUGUUCUGUUUCGAAAGGGAUGCGUGGUCACUUUGUUGGUGUCAACGGCUGUACAGCAGUACCGUAACGUACCAAACGAUUGUGGUGCCCCCCCCCCCCCCCCCCCCGGUGCCUUCCCAGCCUUUUCUUCCCCCGGGGGAAACUCAAAGGGUUCUUUUUUUUUUCCCUUUCCCCUCCCCCCCCCUUCCAUUCCGGUCAAUUCCCGUGGUAAAUUUUCCCGGCCCAACAAAUGAAACCUUCCAAAAUAAGGGGUUGGCGGCCCUUGGGUGGGGGAAAACCCCAAAACCAUUAUUGGGGGAGGCCCCGGUUUUAACCCACCCCGGGGGGAAAGGAUUAUUUCUUGCUUGGACCCCCCCCCGGAACCCCCCCAGUUUUUUUUAGGGCCCGGGGUUUUUUUUGCCCCACCUUAUUGGUCAAAAGGGGGGGGGGGGUGGGGGGGGGGAGGGUACCUGUAUGCAGGGUUGGAAAAAGCUCUCAACCAAAAGCUCAACAUCGGCCCAAAUGAUGCGGGACACAUUUGUUUUCUCUACCGCGAACCAAACUACUAUUAUAAUACAGUCCGACCACAACGUGAGCAGGCCUGCCGCGAACAGAUACUCUUCGGGUAACGACGUUUUCGGCCGAACCAAGACGUCCGUGUAUAAGUGACACUCCCUUCAUUGGUCACAACCUUUUCCCAGGACAACGCGCAUAAUCUUACAUGCAUUUUCUUCACACACAUGGUGCCGAGAGAGACAGCAGUAGGGCAGGAUCAUCAAGCAAGGCUUGGGUUUCUACACACGUGGAGCGCCGAGAUCUCGAACCCAACCCCACUCACCUCACCCGCGCUUUCUUUCUUGGAAACCCCUGGCUCUCCGCCACCAGCAACAGUCUGGAUAGCUUGCCCUUUCGACGACAACAGCCCAACAGACGACUCGAAGCCCUCCGACAAGUCCACUACGAACGAAUUCAUUCAUGGACGGGGCACUUGAGCGUUGUGUGCGGAAAAGGGCGCAGGCAACCUUCCGACUUCGCCGACA